CACCCCGGUUGCAGGGUCAAAGGUUAGAGCUCUCCCCGAUCUGAAUGUCAGAGCUAUUGUCGGUGUUCGCGCACUAUUGGUGAUAGUGUUGGCUACAUUUAGAGACAAUUCAGUGCAUCGGUACCUUCAAGCUGCUGACAUGGCGACAGAAGAAGGGAGAAACGUGGUCAUUGCCAUAGAUGACAGCGAGUUCUCGGAAUAUGCAUUCGACUUCUAUGUGCAGCAAGUGCAUCGUCCCGGCGACAACAUCACACUAGUCCACUGCUCGGAGUACGCAUCUCUCAUCCAUGCACCAGCCUUGCUGACAGACCCGGUAGUCGUGGCAGAACUCAUCAAAGAGGAAGAGGUCAAGGUCAAACACCUGGUUGACAAAUACAGUGAAAAGAUGAAGAAAAUCCAUGUGCGCGGCAAGGUGAAGCAGAUGACAGGCAAGGUUGGGGAGGCGAUCAUCGAGGCUGCCAAGGGAGAGAAUGCUGCAAUGAUUGUUGUCGGAACUCGGGGCAUGGGCAAGAUGAGGAGGACAUUUCUGGGCAGCGUCAGUGACUAUUGUCUACAUCACUCCCCAGUCCCGGUGCUUGUGUGCCGACAUAAACCAGUGAAUGAACACAAGAAAUAGGUCAACAAUACCUUACAUGGACAAGUAUACAAGUUCUUGUGUUUCCCAAUUGAAUGCGGAAUAACUAUAUGAGGAGAGUCAAUCCAAAAAAUGGUCACAGACGCUACUUAGGACCAAGUGAUAUUUGCAGCAAGAAAUAGGCACUUGACCAUACCCAUUAGUUGUGUGAUAUAUAUAUGUGAUGUAUAAAAUGAGUUCUAUGUUGAA